CCCACCCACUCCGGCCCUGCGCCAAUGGGAAGCUGGGCGGCGCGCGCGGGGCGUUGGGAAAGGCGCCUAGUCGGUGUGUACGCCGUUGCCGUAACAACAGCCGUGCAGUAGGUCAGCAAUGGCCUCCAAUUUUAAGAAGGCAAACAUGGCGUCGAGUGCCCAGAGGAAAAGGAUGAGUCCUAAGCCAGAGCUUACUGAAGAGCAGAAACAGGAAAUCCGGGAAGCUUUUGAUCUCUUUGAUGCAGAUGGGACCGGGACCAUCGAUGUGAAGGAACUAAAGGUGGCAAUGAGAGCCCUGGGCUUUGAGCCCAAGAAAGAAGAAAUCAAGAAAAUGAUAAGUGAAAUUGAUAAGGAGGGGACAGGCAAAAUGAACUUCAGUGACUUUUUGGCAGUGAUGACUCAGAAAAUGUCUGAGAAAGACACCAAGGAAGAAAUCCUGAAAGCUUUCAAGCUCUUCGAUGAUGACGAAACUGGGAAAAUAUCGUUCAAAAAUCUGAAGCGUGUGGCCAAGGAGCUGGGCGAGAACCUGACUGACGAGGAGCUGCAGGAAAUGAUUGAUGAAGCUGAUCGAGAUGGAGACGGAGAGGUCAGCGAGCAGGAGUUCCUGCGCAUCAUGAAGAAGACCAGCCUCUAUUAAGGCCAGUGCCACCUCCUCUCCUCUGCGGUGAGCACAUGCGGCUAGAUCUAGUGCCUGCUGUCCCGUGAACCCGGCUCCCCCUUUUCCUGUCUAACUUCGGCCAUGACCUUGAGUCCAGCUUGGACUUUUGGAAGUGUACUUUGAUAUUAAAGGUCUUUGUAAAAUGA